AUGAACAUAGCAAAGGCUAAAGCAGGAUCACAGAAAAUCAAUUGCCACCUAGAACCAGGUUUUCUUGGACCUUCCAUGUGUGCUAAUAAACUCCUCAAGAAAAUCGGUGGUGAAAUUAAUAGAAAAAUAACUCCUGAAGAUAAAAAUCGCAAAUUCUUCGGAGAGAUGACUACAAAUCCACUUGGAUUGGCUAAAAAUGACCCCAAGACACCUAAUUAUAUCCUACUUGGUAAUAACUGGUUCUAUGGACGCAAAUACAUCAAUGACGAACUCCAGAUUUAUCUACCGAAAAUAGUGACAGAUGCUGGGAAUGCUCGGGUAAGGGCAACUCUACGUGUUAAAAGUCUUAGCAAAUCUGGGGUGACCAAAAUAAAAAAGAAGUCAAGGUCAACAUAUCAUAAGCUAAAACUUAAUAAGCAGGCAUUGGAAAACGACAAAAAUAAUUUGAUAAAUGAACGUGAUAGAUUGAAAGCAAUGCUUGAAGAAGUAAAACUCAAUCAUAGAGAUAAAUAUCAACAAAAAAUCAAUGAAUUAGAAAAAAAAGUCUCUGAUUUGAAAGCUCCACUUACUGCAAUAUACAAACUUGCAAAAGUUUCAGAAACUUUUGAUAACGAUUAUGGCGCCGGCGCCAGUUCUGAAUUUUUAUUCCAAUGA